UGAAGGUUGUAAAAUAGAGUUGUCGGGUGUUGAGGGGAAUUCGGUUAGUGAAGGGUCCUAAGAAGUGCGUGCUGUCCCGCGUUGCUUAGAUAACUGUAAUUUAUCUAAGCGAACAGUAAAUGCUACUUCGAAACAUGCGCAGGCUGCUUAUAGGGACAGAGGAAAGAUUCCAUGGUUCCGUUACAAGCCCAAAAAAACAAAUCCAUUCUAGAUUACAGGUUAAGUCCCUCUUUUCUCCUGCUCCUUUUUCCGCAGUUCCCCCAACUUCAAUUCAGUAAUAAAGAUUGGCUCCGUCGUCGUCAUCGUCUUCGACGUCGUCGCCUUCUCCAUUGUCGAAGUAGUUAUCUCCGUAGUCGUUGUUUUCGUCGUCGCCAAAGUCAUCAUCUUCCUCUUCAAACUCAUCAGCGGCGCGCUCUUCUUCGGCGGUUGCUGCUGCUCGAGGAUCGUCCCGGAGAUCUUCUGCUUUAAUGGUAAAGUCGAUGAAUGUUUUCAUAUCAAGCUGCUUUGCAGAGUGCUUCUGUCCAUUUUCCGACGUACGCACAAAAACAGAAUGGAGCUCUUCGGGAAACAGACGUGGGUCCAAGUUAAGGUCGGAAAGGUGGAGGAAGUAGCCCUUGUGUUUUGGUUUUGUUUUGUCGCUGUACCGUUCGAGUCCGUCUUCGUUUUCCUGCUCGCUCUUUAACGACUUGAGACGAAUGUAGAAAGGGCUUUCUUUUUUGAACGUGUGCUGGAUUUCUCGUAAGAACCGCUGUUCCAGAAACUCGUGGGGUUGUACUCCUCUUGGAACGGGUAUCUCUCGGUCGGGAAAUCCUUUUACAGGAUCUGUCAUGGGCUUCAUGUCCGCCACAUCCUGCCAUGAAAGGCCACCCAUAGCACCACGGUUCGUCCGUCUCAUCGUUAAUGUGGUCGCGGACGGUUUUGUUUUUGUUUUGUAUUUUUUGGUGUGUGCUGGCUACUCGCAGCUUUUGAAAGAAAUGCAGAUUGACAGUGUCUGCUGUCGUACGUGCGUUUGAAAACAGUUUUCAGCGCAGCGUCGUUCGUAGUGGAUUCCGGGCUUCGGACGAUCAGCAAAGGCUCCGCUACGACCAGGGAAUUGUCAAGUUUUUUGUCACUUGUGUUUUUUUAGGUGGUGAAGAUGUCAAGUCUUCCACGUUCUCUGUGUGCGCGUGCAGUGUGUAGAAGGCAGAGACGACGGGGUUUGGCUGCGACAACACUCGAAAUACUCAACCCAAACGAGUUCGUUCCAUUCGUUUCCUUCAGCUUUGAUUGAGACUUCUGGACUGAUUGUCAAAAAACGUAGUAGUCCUGUUCACACGCCUCUAUUUCGUAGCAGAACAACGAAACGCGGUUUACAGCUGAAACGCUAGAGAACAGCAAUAUGGCUCGCGGUUCACUUGGUCAGCUUUUGAUCUGUGUUCUUGGCAUCUACGGUUCCUUUUUGUCUUGGGCUGUUCUACAGGAACAACUCAUGACAAAGCCGUAUGAAGGCGAACGUUUCCAAGCACCCAUUGUCCUCAGUCUUGCACAGGCGGCUGGAGCAGUCGUGUGCGGAAUCGUUUGGCAACUUACACGAGAAAAAACACUUCCUUUUGUGGUUAAGGAUGCGAAGCUCGUGUACUACUUUGCCAGAAUUGCGAUUACGGCCACUCUCAGUUCGUACUUCGGAUACGCCAGUAUGGCUCAUAUUUCUUACCCAAUGGUCAUUCUCGGAAAGUCUUGCAAACUGCUGCCUGUCAUGGCUUUGCAUGUGGUUCUGUACAAAAGACGGUUCCCCCCUCACAAGUACCUGAUUGUCAGUAUGGUCACGGCGGGUGUGGCCAUGUUUAGUUACUUUUCCAAGUCAUCCAGCAGCCGCACUGCGUCUGAGUCCGCAGACAGUAUUUGGGGUCUCUCGCUUUUGUUCAUGAACCUGCUCAUGGACGGGAUUACAAACACCACACAGGACAAGGUGUUUACACACUACAAGUUGUCCAGCAUAACCAUGAUGGUGGCUGUUAAUGUGGGUAUAUGCUUGCUCAACGGUGCUUACUUGCUCUCCCCGUGGUGCCAUCAAGAUCCAUGGUCAUUUAUACACGCUCAUCCUUCGGUGCUUUAUGACAUCGGUAUCUUUGGUGCCAUGGGCGCUAUCGGACAGUUGUUCAUCUUUUACACACUCGAAAAGUUCGGCAGCAUCACUUUAGUCACUAUCACACUCACACGGAAGGUUUUCACCAUGUUGCUUAGCGUAGUUCAUUUUCAUCACAAACUCAACCCACUGCAAUGGGUGGGUGUCUUGUUUGUGUUUUCCGGCAUUUCACUGGAAGCAUUCAUGAAAGCACAGGCAAAAAAGACAAAAUUAGUAGACAAGAAAAAAGAAUAACGGUACAGCCCAUUCCACACACACCAGAAAAUGGGAAAGAAAAACGGGGUUCGUUAGGACAUGUCGCACAUCCCAAACGUAACGAUCAUUCCAAUUUUUUUUCGCGACACAUAGAAAGAUGGCUAUGCCGAUCCCUCCGUUUGCAAAAUAAUGAGUAUGUGCAGGUAACGGUAAAUCUUGCUCACGAAUUCAGGCGCGUCUUCAUCGAGUGCAAGUUCGAGUUCUUUCAUAAGCUCUCCUGCACCCUUGCGCUGCCUCAAAUGCUCGAUGGUAUAUGUGAUGAGCGAUUGUUCUUGAAUACCAAUGUACUCGAUAAUCUUUUUGGUAACAAAGUUCGCCAAUUGAUUUGUCAAUAGCUCCUGUUGUUUGUGGUUAGCAUUGUUUGAUGAUAAAAGCAGAAGAACAAUUCCAUAACAUACCUCCGUAACAGCAUCCCAACGAACAGGUAAUGUCCACAAUUCUUCUGGAACCGUUGGAAUUUGAGCAAUGAGCUCCUGUAUACGUUUUUGUUUCGCCUUCUUGCUCUUUUUCCGUAGAAGCCUCUUUGUUUUUCGUCGAUUUCUCGUAGAGAGAAAGCAUAACACUUUCAUCCUCUUCGUCUUCCUCCUCUUCCGGCAGCAUGAGUUUUUCGGAAAGAUCGCGUUUCGCUGGUUGCUGCGCUGGUUGCAGAGAAAGUUUGACGGGACCUUCAUGGAAUGGCAUUUCACUAGUAAUUGUUUUUUCAUGAGCCGCCCCGCCGUUUGCAGAUGUAUCACGAUGUUGUGCAUUACGUUCAUCUGCACGUCUGUCUUGUUCAUCUGCAUCUUCCUCGCGCACUCGGGCAACUGCACGAUGGCGAAUCCAAGCAGCACGAUCGACGAAAUACUCAUCUCUGGAAGUGCGAGCCUCUUCGUCAUCAUCGAAUGUUGCCAGCUUUUCUGAGUAAUGUCUGCGCUGGGAGACCCUACGUGCCUCUUCAUCGUGUUCACGCAAGUCCUCACGUUCAAGAGCAGCGGCACGAGCACGUUCACGGUUGAACCAUCUGCGCUCGCGCGAGUAAAACGAUUCUUCUUCUUUGGCUUUUUCGCGUUCCUUUUCACGAUUUGCGAUUUCUUCGUCGGUCAGGUCGCUUGGGUAGGAUUCCUCCGCUAGCAACAUCGACUGUAAAGAGCUAGAAAGCUGUAAAAGCUUUUGUGCUACAGGACGUUUGAAAAGUGGUUCAAGUAGUUCUUGUUCAGCCUUCCGUUCGCGUUCUUUGAAUUCUCUCCGAAGUCGAGUAUACUCUUCCUGUGCUCGUUGUUUUUCGCGUUCCUUGAGCGCCGAACGAUCCCGAAAGCUACGAAUCUCAUUUUCAAUCAUGGGCAGCUGAUCUGGGUUAAUGCCUUCCAAAUCUGCGGCAUUAAUGGUAAUGGUGGACAUUUUACUUUCACGCAAUGCCCGUUCUUGUUUUUCUUUGGCCUGUUUGGCAGCUCGUUCGAUGCGUGCUCUAAUGUCUGGGUUUGUUAUAUCCAGAGAGAUUCUGUCUAAAUUGGCAUAGAUUUGUUGAAUAAUAGCAGAUUCGUGCUGAAUACGUGUUAGCAGCAUUCAUGUAAAUAAAUUAUCCUGUCAUACCUUGUUUUUGUAAUAACGAUUAUUUCUCCAA